AUGGAGCGACACAUCAUUGUCAGCAACGACGAUGUCCUAGAGACUGGCAAACGCCAGCAGAAGCAGAGUUCGGAUGGCGGUGAACCGUCAAAACGCCGUCGGCUGGCCGAAGAGGAUGAUGGGCUUGGGCAAGAGCGAGGGCCAGGCGAUGCUCUCAGCAAGCUCAGAGCGGCUUGCGAUACCAGCGGAAUGGAGGAACACGUCAUUGUAAUCGACGACGAUGUCCAAGGGACGGGCAAAGGCAAGCAGAAGCAGAGUUCGGAUGGCGAUGAACCGUCAAACCUGCAAGGGCUAGGUGAUGGUAGACGACAGGGUGCUGAUCACCCUCAACAACAAGGUGGUGCGCAGGGUGCUGGUGAUGCUCAAGGGCUGGGUAGUGGUGCAGGAACGCAAGGUGCUGGGCAGGGUGAACCGUCAAACCCGCAAGGGCUGGGUGAUGGUGCACGACAGGGUGCUGAUCACCCUCAACAACAAGGUGGUGCGCAGGGUGCUGUUGAUGCUCAAGGGCUGGGUAGUGGUGCAGGAACGCAAGGUGCUGGGCAGGGUGAACUGUCAAACCCGCAAGGGCUGGGUGAUGGUGGACAACAGGGUGCUGAUCACCCUCAAGGACAAGGUGGUGUGCAGGGUGCUGGUGAUGCACAAGGGCUGGGUAGUGGUGUGGGAAUGCAAGGUGCUGGGCAAGGUGCUGAUGACCCUCAAGGGCUGGGGGGAGAGCGGGGUGAUGGUGGAGGACAGGGCGUUGUUCACCGUCAAGGACAAGGUGUUGUGCAGGGUGCUGGUGACCCUGAAGGGCUGGGUAGUGGUGCGGGAACGCAAGGUGCUGGGCAGGGUGAUGGUGGAGGACGGGGCGCUGUUCACCCUCAAGGGCAAGGUGGUGCAGGAACGCAAGGUGUUGGGCAGGGUGCUGGUGACGCUCAGGGGCUGGGUGGAGCGCAGGUUGCUGGAGGACAGGUUGACAGAAACGGUGAGGAUGACUCGCAGAUCAGCCGAGAUGUUGGAUUCCUCACGCUCUUGUUUACUGCAGCUUCCGCCAUGAGCUGUCUACCACAUUCGGUAGCUCGGUCCAUUUUAGGAGGAGGGCUAAUGGUGGCAGGAUGUCUCUUCCAGCUGGGAAGUCGGAACAUGAAGAGAGAAUGGAUGAAUUCUGGGAACUUUAUAAUGUACCUUUUGUUCCAAGGUUUGCUUGGACUCUUAGUUUUUGCAUCCAAGCAAAAGGAGAAGUAA